GUACAAUUUUGGACCGUCACAUUCAUCAUCUCACACUUCAACAAAUCUAUUUAACGACAAACAAUUUGUGCUCUCGAAUGCACAGAGUCGUCGUCGUCGUCUUCUUGAAACACAAAAACCAUAAAGAGCCAUGGUGGUGGUGACAGAACAACACAAACCCAACAAAACCCACAUCUUGAUCUUCCCAUUUCCCGCGCAAGGACACAUGAUUCCACUCCUCGAUUUCAGCCAUCGCCUCGCCGUCCGAGGCGGCGGCUCCAUCUCAAUCACCGUCCUCGUCACCCCCGGCAACCUCCAUUUCCUCCGCCGCCUCCUCUCCUCGACCGCCGGAGAAAUCAACCCUCUCGUCCUGCCUUUUCCUUCUCACCCUUCGAUCCCCAACGGUGUCGAGAACGUCAAGGACUUGCCUCCUUCAGGCUUCACCUCCAUGAUCCACGCGCUCCGAAACCUCCACGCACCGCUUCGAUCAUGGAUCUCCGAACACCCAUCUCCGCCGUCGGCGAUCGUCUCCGACAUCUUCCUCGGAUGGACUCACCGACUUGGUCUCCGCCGAUUCGUGUUCUCUCCCUCUGCCGCCAUCACAUGCUGUAUCCUCAACCAUCUCUGGCUCGAGAUGCCCACCAGAGAAAAGCCCGGUGAUGACAACGAGGUCCUUGAGUUCCGGAAAAUCCCAACUUCCCCAAAAUACCCUUGGUGGCAGGUCUCCACGAUAUACAGAGGGUAUGUCGACGGAGACCCAUUUUGGGAAUUUAUACGUGACACAUUCAGGGACAACUGGGCGAGUUGGGGACUCGUCAUAAACUCGUUCUCGGACAUAGAAGGAGUCUACCUCGAGCACUUGAAACGAGACAUGGCCUACGACCGUGUUUGGGCUGUUGGCCCAAUUCUUCCUCCACCUGGCCACGACAACGACCGAGGUGGGCCCACCACGUUGCCAAUCGAUCACUUGAUGACGUGGCUCGAUGCACGUGAUGACGGUCACGUGAUAUAUGUAUGCUUCGGGAGCCAAACAGUGUUAACAGAGGCUCAGGUUCGAGCGCUCGCGUCAGGGCUGGAGAAAAGUGGGACCCAUUUCGUUUGGGUCAUCAAGGACUCGGCAUGUGACACGAUCCCAGGAGGGUUUGAGGAUCGUGUGACUGGAAGGGGCUUAGUGAUCAGAGGAUGGGCCCCACAAGUCGCGGUGCUCAACCAUCGGGCUGUGGGGGCGUUCUUGACGCACUGCGGUUGGAAUUCAGUGUUGGAGGCCGUGGCCUCGGGCGUUCUGAUGCUGACAUGGCCGAUGCAAGCGGAUCAAUACACGGAUGCGAACUUGGUUGUGGACCAGUUGGGAGUAGGGGUUCGUGUGUGCGAAGGGGCCGACUCGGUACCUGACUCGGACGAGUUAGCCAGAGUUCUGGCCGAGUCGACGACAGGAAAACGAGAGGAGAAGGAACGAGCCAAGAAGCUAAGUCGUGCUGCGUUGGAUGCGGUAGGAGAAAGUGGGAGUUCAACUAAGGAGUUGGAUGCGUUUAUUGAACAUGUUGUUAGUUUAGGACAAGCCAAAUGAUUUUAUCAAAUGCAAAAUAAUAUGAAAUAAGUUAGUUUCUUAAUCA